GUGCGCGUGUGUGCUCGUGAUGUGCCGUCAUAGCGCGGGGAUAUUUGUGCUGAAUGCGUUUCACUUCGUCUACAAAACUCUGCACGCAAUGGCAUCGAAGAAGUCGUGUGUUCAGGUGCACGUAUGUGCAUGCUUGGAUACGGAAAGCCUGCCCUCAACGGUAGCGCUGAGCUCAGCCGUGUUGGCUCAGCGCUACCCCCUCAACGGAUGUUCAACAGUCUACGUGCUCGUAACUUGCUCACGAGACCUCCUUGCUGUUGCAACUCUGAGGACAAUUGCUUCAAAUGGGAAGGAACAACCAGCAGUGCCAGCGCUAUUUGUACAUGAGGACGACGAGAGGGUUCCACUCACCCCCUGUGUGGUGUAUUCUGGCCACAACCUGGAACAGGCAGAGUUUCUCCACCUCUGUGUCGACAAGGAGCGGCUGUUCAUGGUCAAAAAUGCGGAGGAAGGGGUCAUCGCAAUCAUGAGUGCAUUUUUUGUAUUGAACAUAGUAUAUGGGCCUAAAUACUUCAACACCAGUGCAGUACUGGAACGAUUGUUUUUUGGUUUGAAUGUAAUAAUGCCAAGUGGGGGUUGUUACAAAGUUUGUGAACAGAGUUGUGCAGGCAAUGCGACACCGAGGUUCAUGUACGUUACCAUACGAAUGCUAGCCUGACAAUUUUGUGCAAUAGCUUGAGCAAUAGUUUUGUGCAAUUUUUAAUGUAUCAUUUUCUUUCUUUUUGAUCACGAUAAUAGCAUGAUCCAGUAACUUCUUCCGCUGCUUGUGCCAACCACCUAUAGACUGCACCUUUUUUGUUCUGAUGACUUGACAGACAAUGUAAUAGUGCCCAAGUGUAGGUCAGCAAAAAACAAGCGUGGUGUACUGUAGUCUGCACGUACUUAUCGAAAACGUUGCUGGGUGUUGCUAUGUGCUGAAAAGAAGAUUACAAUACGUCUAGUUCUAAUGAGGUCUGCCUUAACAUUAAUGUGUGUGAAACAAUUGUCAGCAGUUUAUACAAAGAUUAUAGCUUGCUUGCUCUUCCUUAACAUAGUUUGUUUAUGAAACCUAUUUGCCAGCCAGGGAACAAUGUCCCAGCUUAUAAGUACUGCAUGAUACAACUGUUAACAUUUGUAUUCCCUUAUAGGGCACAUCAACACUGGCAGCCAGUGCUCAACUUUUCGUAACAUGCUGCUUGGUCAAUAUUUUAUAUUUUGCGCAUGUGUUGCAUUGUGUAACCUACCCAAUCCAAGUGAAAGUUUUUGUGGUUUGACUGUCCUUUUAUGAACUAUGUUUUAUGUUUAUUAUGUAUAACUUAGCAGCUGAGGC